GUUCAGAAUGUGAGCGCCCAGAUCCGCAGUGGAGCCAACUCGCUCAGUGUCGUUUCAGCUAUAAAGGCAGUCGGUUGGAAAGAGCAGAUAAAACUCGAUCAACGCAAAGGUUUUGGCUGAAGAUAAACAGCGAGCGUUGGGAAAGUAAACAGAGGUUCAAAAACAAAUGUUUGACUAAUCGUAAUUGGAUAAUUAUAUCACAAUGGACGCAGUGCAGCAGCAAACAAACAGUACUAGCAACAUCGACAGCGCCAAAUGCCAGAAGCUGAAGAGAUUCGUAAUCGUGGGCCUGCUGGUCACCAUUGGCAUCUUGAGCUGGCACUUCUACGAGUACUUCCAAAGCAAACCGCUGCCCAAAACGCCCGAUGACGUCUUGACCCUCUCGAAGAAUCUCUACGCGGAGGAGACCGAGGUCAGUCCAUAUCUCUACAAGGUGAAUAUCCAGGGGAAGACCACUUCCGGCGCUCAUGAUGAUCGCGCCCCUAGAAACCUCUUUGAACUGCACCAGGAUCUGCUGGCCAGGGAUGCCAACUCCACCACCGCUCUUCUGAUGAGGCUCUUCGACAACUACGAGUUGGACGUGGCUGUGCCAGAGCAUCCAACGUCGGAGCACGUCCAGGAGCAGCACGAUUUCCUCAGGGCCGUGAUGGGAACGCGUGUGAUGAAGCUGACCAUGCGUUUUUUGGUAAACAAGGAUAUUGUGAGCGUUGAAUAUGAGGAUCAGCUGCGCCUGCUGCAGGAGCUCUGGUUCACUCCCUACUCCAGGGCUCGUGGUAUUGUGAGCAGCUCCAGUUUCGAGCACGUCUUCAUGGCAGAGAUUCGGGACCAGAAAGCCCUGGGACUGCAUAACUGGCUGUACCUUGCGGAUCAGGAACAACGGGGCAAUGUGGACUAUAAGGGCUGGACGAAGCACAAGGAAAUGGGAAAGCACAACCAAAUGGUUCUCAGCGUUCGCCACACGUUCCACAACAUCAAUAAGCCAGUCACCGGGCUAUUUGUGGGCACCUCGCCCGAGCUGGAUAUGGCAUUGUACACCGCCUGCUUCCUCGCCACGCCGGCGGAGGAACCCUGCCACAUCCAGUUGGGUCACGCCUCCGCCACGAUUGUCUCUCACGAAUGGAAAUGGAAUGGUAUGCGCCUGAUAGGAACCGCCUAUCCAGACAUCUCCUAGAUCGUACCCCACCCAUCUCGCACCCUUAGUAAAAUGGCUUACAUUCGUGUCGAACAUGUUGCUUACAUGUUGCCCCAUCGAAAUCAGCAAAAGGCUAACCUCCAAACUCAAACUCAAAGUCAAGUUCAUUUUAUUUUGCCACUUUAUGAGUGCUUGGCCCAGUUGUCGCUGGCAAUUGACGAGGAUGUCAGUCAGGACAUGAAGAAUGCCCGUCUGCCUAUCAUUCUGGUUGUUUUGACAGGAUUGCGUGGCGCAAAGCACUUACAUCACGAAGUUGUUUAUUAGUUCUAACGCUAACAGUUUUUACUGCCGGAAAUUAAGCAAGUGGCAAAAAGGAAGAUAAGUGAUUGUGGCGUGAGAGUAUUGUGAUAGUAUUAUGCAGUCAUUAAGCUCAGCCUCACAAUGGAAUCAUUACCUCAAGCUACAUAUAUCUAACACGAAAAUUCCCUUAUCCAGACCACUGUAGUUUUUAUACCUUUGAAUCUCUUAGGCUAGCUAGUUAAAAAUUAAAUAACAAAGUCAACAUA